AUGUUCAACACAGAUCACCAACAGGGUCUAUAUCCUCCCAUGAGCCCAAGAAUCUCCUUCUCAAACGGUUUCGUUGAUGCCCAACAACAAAUAAUGAAGCAUGAUCAUCAACGAAGCCCCAGAGAAGCACCUGCUGUUGCAUCAUCAGACUUUGAAUUCUCUGUCACCAACAAUUCCAUGAUGAGUGCAGACGAGCUCUUCUUUAGGGGUAGGUUGUUACCCUCCAAGGAUAACUGCACCAACCAAUUGCAGAAAAUGACACUAAGAGAGGAGCUCCUCAUUGAUGAUGAUGAUGAUGAUGAAGGUGUAUCUCCAAGAUCCUCUAAGAGUAGUUCCAUCAAGUGGAAGGAGUUUUUAGGUCUAAAGAGGCCAUACAAUCUUUCCAAGAAAGCUGAUAAUAAGAUCAGUGAAGGGUCUGUUAUGGAGAUAGCAACAGAAGCAAAAGGGUCAAUGUUGGUUCAUGAAGAGGCGCACCUUAGCAAGGCAGAUGAGCAUUAA